CGGGGUUCUGGACUUGAACAUAAGGUUGGUUUUUUCUGCCAAAUGAGACGAGCCGCGUGCUGAGGUGUCGUCGAGGUAAAAAACCCAAACGAUGUCGAGCAUAGAACUUGUUGGAUUAACGAGUGGCAAGCAUUUGGGAGAUGAUGAAGCAGCCGCCAUAUGCCCUUUACUUACACCCUCCACCCCCAUCGGUGAACAUCCGCUAGCAGAUUCGACGCCUCCAGUUUUGGCGUACGAUGUGGAGAGGGAGCCAAUCAGCAUUAACACAGCAGUGCUUAGCACGUUGGGUCCGGAUGCAGCAAAAUAUAUCGAACCAGGAAUCGAUGUCUCGCCUCCGAUCGAUAUACCGGGAGGAGGCAAGAGAGCAGAGCUCGGCGCCAGCUUACAAUCUUCCGAUUCAAGUAGCUCUGUUUUGCACGAUACAAGCUUCCUGACAACAUGCCAUUUUAUGAAUGACGCCAACUUCCAGGAGAACGGGAGUGUAAAGCCAAGCUACUACACAUUCCAGCUGGGCAACGGGAAGGUACCGGAAUACGGGUUCAUAUCGUGGAAUUGGCCGCUUAUCCGGAAGUUGUGGUUCUGCGGCCUCAUCUCCUCCAUGGUAGCUUGUCUCUGCACCGUUAUCAUGUUCAUCUCCGUGGUGCCCACUUCAUGUGACCCACCCAAAGAGUGGUACCAGGGCUCGCUCUUCUACGAGAUCUUCCCCGCCUCCUUCAAAGACACCAAUUCCGAUGGGGUCGGUGACUUGCGCGGUAUUAGAACACGAAUUCCGUACCUCAAAUCUCUUCAGGUGAAAGCAGUGCGUCUGAACUCAAUUUUCGCGGCGGACCACUACCCGGACUUCUACGAGAACGUAAAGAACUUCUCGCAGGUGGACCGGAGUAUCGGGACGAUGGAGGACAUGGACACGCUGAUCGGGGCCCUCCACGCGGCCGACAUCUCCAUCGUCCUGGACCUCCCGCUGACCAACCUCUUCCUCCGCCCGCACGAGCUCGGGGUGUCCGACGCCAGCCCCACCGAGAGCUCCGAGAUCAGCAACAUCGAGAACAUCAUGAACUUCUGGCUCGAUCGCGGAGUCGACGGUUUCUACGUGAAAGGCCUCGAACACUUCACUUCCAGUCCCUUCUUUGUCAGAGAUGUUUCCAACUGGAAGGCUGUUCUCAGGUACUACUCCACGUUCUACCGGCCGAAGAUCAUGAUGUGCUCAAACACGGUUCUGACGAAACUCAUGCACGAAUACCCGCUGGAGGACGACCGGCUGGCGACGGUGCUGCGCUCCUUCGACCUGGUCGACGUCUUCCUCAACGUGACGGAGCCGGUGGGCUUGCGGGCGCAGAUCAACGGCGUGCUGCGCGGCGUGACGUUCAGCCGGAUGGACUACCCGUGGGUCCACUGGAACGUGGGCAACGUCGAGACGUCGCGGAUCGCCACCCGGGUCGAGGCCCUCAACGCGUCCCUGGCCGCCCUCUUCAUCAACCUCAUGCUCCCCGGCACGCCCUCCAUCUUCUACGGCGACGAGAUCGGCCUCACCAACAUCGUCGACCACAAGAAAGAGUUUUUGGAUGUGCAUCACCUUCACCAGGUGCCACCGAUGCAUUGGGGAAAUGAUACGAGCUUUUCGGGGGCGCACGACUAUUCGUGGAUUCCGAAGGGCCAGGCGCUCAUGAUCAGCCGCGUCAACACCAUCUCCAACAUCCUCGAAGUCCGGGACAAAACGCCAGCCAUGUACACGCGCGGCACCGUCAAGAACCACGAAAUCUUCCUCAACUGCGCUGUUGACAGGUAUUCAGACGAAUACUUACUAACCGUGGAGCGGACUUAUCCUAGAAGGCAUUCAGUGGCCCUCAUCACGAAUCUGAGAGAGCAGCCUCAGACAAGGGACCUCUCGUCUAUAUACUUCGGUGGCUACGUGCUCGGAGGUAUAAGUCACUACCUGGAUGGCCAGUACCUUCAGUUCCACUCUUUGACCGUUUUCCCUGGCGAGGCGCUCAUUGUCAAACUCGACAAGUGAACAGACAACAGGAACAAAGAAACGUAUUGAAAAAACGCGGACCUACUAUGGUACUGUCGAGGACCAUAAGUUGUUUUUUAAAAGUCCCGCUGUAAACAGAUACUCUCUACUUGAUGUCCUCCAUAGAUCCGAGGUCCACUGCGGACUGCAGGUGCGCUACAAUUGCUCACCCGAAAGGCCCUCCAUCCCUCCAAGAGGAAUUCUAACCGUUCAUUUUAGAAAUGUGACGCAUAAAUAAGUCGUUUGGGUCGAAUUCUUACUUCUCAGCUGAAUCAUUUACUGGCUCAUUCGACGACCUAUAUGUAGAUCCAAUGAUCAGAUCAAGGCGAAACAGUGCAUUUGAUUGAAACGCGUAUGAAUAAUUUGAUUCACAUUAACCAUCUAAUGGGAAAGAACAUACAGUUAACAUCCCGAAUGUGUAAGUAACGUUGCGUACGUACAAAAUUAGCUAAAAUUUUCGUUUAGAAGACAAUUUUUACGGAAAAUGAGAGCGAAAAAUAGGAUCGGAUACUUUUUUACAUUUAAAAUGGAAUUCUGUCAACCAUGAUUCACAGUUACACAGUUUUAACGAGAAUACUCAGGGUGUAACAUUUAGUUCUUUACUCCCGAGGAAGUUACAUUUAUGACGAUUUUUUUAAAAAAUUAAUGAUUCUUCUGAUUCGAGAAUAUAAUUAUCUCUCGUCUCGAAAAUGGUGGAAACUCUGUUCUUUGAAAUAGUAAUAUACUGAUGCGCGCUCUAGUGUAUGGAGCAAAUAGGUUACUAUACUAAACAUUUAAUACAAAAAGUGUUUUUUCAGAUAUGAAUAACAUUUAAUUUUUAAUCAUCGUGAAAAGGGGGCACAACGUGGCAAAAUACGAUAGAAAUAAAAUUUAUUUUGUUACCUUCUUAUUACCAAACCAGUAUCAUCAUAAAGGUGAUACUGCACAUACGAAGAAGACGUAUUUGAGCUAUACGUCGCUUAGUGAAGACUCCUGGAUUCUCAUCCUCCUAAAUCUUUCCUAAUCUUGAAAAAUCGACCAGAAAAAUAUUUUUCUAAACGGUAGUCGUAGUUUUACGUGAUUAGUCAAUAAGUUUAUGUUAAGCAAACACGGAUAUCACUUUUUACGAUAAAUUUAAGAGUAAAUUUUAAGAACGGAAUUUGAACUUGAUUCGUGACAUUAUGAUUUUCUCUCUCAGUGAAGGCAAAACAGAAUUUUUAGUCAUUAUGAGACAAAUUCUUGAAAAAAAUGGAGGAAUAAAAGUCUAAUUAAUGAGCAUUCGCCAUCCGCUUGAAUGUUUAUGUAAUGUAGAAUUGCAGAUUCAACGAAGGAUUACAAUAUAACAUAAUAAAUAAAACAGCACUGUCACAUUUGGGAGCAAAAAACUCACUGGCCGAGGAGGAUGAUUUUUUCUGUACUUAAAAGUCCUACAUGAGAAAAACAAAUCAAAGGGGCUUUGUGCCCUCAGGAAGUUUAUAUAAAAAAUCCUUACUUAUGGAUAGCUUACUCAUAGAUAAUCAUUCAAUGAGUUAGAGGUAAUACAUACGAUAAUAUCACCGAAUCGUAUUAUCAUUGCCCAUAUACUCUCUUUUCGUUUUUCUACAUUUAAGUUUGAACGACAUUAAACCUCCAUUUUGUUUUCAUUUGCUCAAAGUUGAUCAUGGUUAAGGUCAAGUUUUCUUUGGUCCAAUCUUCAACGUUACGAUGGAUUUGGUAAAAUUUUAAGGUGAUACUAUUUUGUAUUAUUUUUAUUCAAUACUGGAACAGGUUUGAGGUAAGGAAAUUCAUGACAAGUUGAAAUAAAUUGGUGCUAUUUUACUUGACAGGCUAUAAAAUAGCCUUCUAUCUGUAUUAAUUUAUUUAUAUCAAUCAAUGUUCUUUACCUCGGAAAUGUAGCAGAUGAGCGGUUUUUAUAAUGUUUGUGACUCCCGGAGAAAGCAUUCUAACAAAAUGAGAAGAAAAGGAAAUCAAAAUUUCAGAUCAGAUUAGGUAAAUAAAUACAAAAAAAAAUCGUGAUCGGAGUUUUAGUUAAGUAGUUUGAUAUUUAAUUUAUACAUCAGAUUAUUUGGAUGUCGCCAGCUAGUCUCGUUUAAAUUGACAGAAAUGUAAUGUAAGACCUGCUUUCUCUCGGAAGAUUCACGCUUUCUUUAUACAUGUCAUCUAUGCUGUGUCUGUUAAUCACUGAUUCACCUCUGAUAAUUUUUACAGAGUAUUUUAAUAAACGUUUUUAUUUGUUCA